AUGGAGCCUGUCAGUGGUAGUCCAUGGGUGUCAGUUCCACGAAACCGACUGCUUCCGAUCCGCAUGUCAACAGAACAUGCCGGCACUGAGUGGACGCCGGAGAACCCCGCGGAGGAGCCCGUGAGCCCUACAGCAAGAGCCAUGGAAGAUAUAGGUAUUUAUAUCGUCGUCACCAUCGGCCUUGACACGCCCAUAAACCUGAGCAUCUUCCGAGCCGGCAUCGAAUCUCUGCUUGCCCGAUGCCCGCGCUUGGGAUGCAUUCAAGUGGCGGACGGGUCAAGCAAUGGAGGGGCGCGAUGGGCGCGCACGGCUGUGAACGCCGAGGAUCAUAUGAUCGUCCCCAGGCUGGAUGGCGCGGCCGUGGCCGCCUACCCAGACAAGGCCGUGGAGGACUACGUCGCCUCGCUGCCCACGCUGCCCAUGGACCGCUCCCGCGCGCUUCUGGAGUUCCAUCUCCUCGACUUCCCGACCUCCGAGGCGACCUCCACCGUGGCGGUCCGGGUGCACCACGCCUACGGCGACGGCAUGUCUCUAAUGGCGCUUCUCAUGAUGUCCACACGCAGCGGCGCCGCCGACACCAAGUGCCAGCCAGCGACGCCCACGCCCACGCCUCCGCCUCGUCGUCCUACGCGCGCGGGCGCCAUCUACGCGUCGCAGCGCCGGCCCCCGCUUUCUGCGGGCGCCCUGCCGCUCGUCGCGUGGGUCUGGUCGUACCUUGUGGUCGCGUGGAACACCGCGGCGGACCUUGCCUACUUCGCCGCCACGAUUCUGUUCUUGAGUGACCCGCGCACGCUGUUCAAGCGUGCCGACGAUGACGAGUUCCACGCCAAGCGCUUCGUCCACCGGAGUCUUAGUCUGGAUGACGUCAAGUUCCUCAAGAGCUCCAUGAACUGCACUGUCAAUGAUGUGCUGGUUGCAGUGACUUCUGCUGCUCUAUCAAGAUAUUACUUCCGCAAGUCCGGUGACACUAACACUAGCAAAAUCUGUUUGCGAUCACUCCUUCCUGUCAACACAAGGCCAGCCACUAGCCUACAGACAUAUGUUAACGUGAUAGAAUCUGAUAAGAGGAACGAGGUGACAUGGGGAAAUAAACUGGGCUACAUUAUUCUUCCAUUUUAUCUGGCCAUGCACGAAGAUCCACUUGCAUAUAUUCGCAAGGCAAAGAAGGUUCUUGAUAGGAAAAAGAGGUCACUCGAAGUGAUAUUGACAUAUAAGAUUGGUCUGAUUUUCACGAAAAAAUUUGGUGUCAAGGUAGGAACUUCAAUCUUUCGGUGUCUGUUCGCACGUACAACAAUAGUUUUCUCAAACAUGGUUGGACCAGCUGAACAAGUAGAGUUAUGUGGACACCCAGUGGCUUUCCUUGCGCCUAGUGUCUAUGGGAUUCCAGAGGCUCUGAUUAUUCACUACCAAAGCUACAGAAGCACUAUCAAGAUAAUUCUAUCAGUAGACGAGGACAAGUUUUCAGAUUGUCAUCAACUUUUGGAUGACUUUGACCAGACCCUCACGGUCAUGAAGGACGCGGCUUCAAUACUUUCAACGUCAACUAAGAAUGACUAAGCAAUGGACAACUAAAUCAGGACCCUACCUCAAGUCCUACACGUAUAUUCGCUAAAUAAAUGUGUGUGUGUGUGUGUGUGUGUGUGUGUGUGUCAUGUGUACAACUCCUAGUGUUUAGUUAAAAUAAGGACUAACACCUCUCAAUUUUUUUUCAUGCAAUAAAUAAAACUAGGAAAAUGCUUAUAGGUGAGGUGGGCGUGGACUUGCACCCGCCAUAGCUAUUUUGGAAAAUUUGCAGUGGCAAGUGCUAUAAACUGCUCGCCACUGGCUAUCCACAUAACAGUGGCUGGCGUAACUGCGUAAUUAGGGAGCCACCUCUCCAACACUCUUGCUAAUUUCUCCAAAGGCGAAAAGUAACUAUGGCAGGCACGUACAACAGGCUCACCACUGGUGCCAUGCUAGUCAGUGGCGGGCAGUUUCUAGCGACCGUCACAGCUAUUUGCGUGACCCGCCCCAUCGGUUUCAAAUUUUGUAGGAGUUUGCAGUGUCGAGUCCUAUUACACGCCCGCCACAGCUAUAUUUGGUCACCCUGCCACCUACCAAUCAAAUAUAGUUGUGGCGGGUGUUAUCUGCCAUUCGUCACUCUUCUGCAUGAUCUUAUCCAUCCGACCGCAGCAAGUCACACCUUAUCCAUACAGACAUAAAUCUUUCUCCCUUUGUCUUUCUCUCUCGCUUCGCCGUCGUCGCCAACGUCGUGGCGUCCUACUCUGACUCAACCGGCGAGGUCGCGGUCUGUUGCCUCAAUUGGCGUCGCGGACCUAAUCUUCCCCGUCACCCACGCCGUCCAUCGCCGCCUCGAAGUCCUCAGUCUUGCCUUCCAAGGCCACCUCCAACUACUUCCCAAUCACAAUGUUCCGUGCCUUCCUCCGCCUCCAAUGUCAUCGGCGUCGCCAUCAAACUCGCCAUCCGCAUCCGCCAUCGUCCUCGUCCUGCCCGCCAUCUCCAUCCGCCCGGGUAACCACACCUCCCCUCUCUCUGUUAAUGGAGAUUAUAGUUGUUCUCAUUUAUUGUACUUGUACAUUAGCAACAUUACGUUAGUGUAGUUAGAAUUUGUUAUAGGAUGUACUGUAAUUGUCUCUUGUUAUAUGAUGUACCAUUGAAUCGUUGUAAUUGGACCUCUUAAAUUUGAAUGCUUGUGCUAGAGGACUAUGUACUGCAUAUAUGAAUCAACAUAUAGUACCAUAUAUUAUUCAUGACUAGCACAAAUGCACGUGCGUUGCAACAGGAGAAGAACAAAACCAUACUUCCUGAACCCAAUAGCUCAAGACCCUUCCCCCUCCUCCUCCUCCCGCGACCGACUACCACACAUGAUGACAUCAGUAAACUCUUUGAAAUCUUGCACACUGCCACAUGAUAAACACACAUGAAAAGAUGUGUUGUGCAAAAA